UCAGGCUUCUUUCUGUAUAUAGUGACGGAACUUGCAAAAUGGCGUCUCACUGAGAAAUUGGUGUAUUCGUGCGUUCGUUACAGAUCGUUACCGAUCGUACUCAUUUAGAUCAUUGGAAUUGCUGUGUGUAGUGAUUUUAUGUUUUAUCUAUUAAUUAUUUACUAAACUUCAUCAUGGGCACGUCAGAUUUGGAGGGCCCUGAAUGUAAGCGAGAACCCUUGGAAUUAGAUUCCGAUGCCGAAGGAGUGAUUGAUCAAAGAAAGAAAAAGAAGAGAAAACAUAAGCAUCAUAAGCAUAAAAGGGAGAAAUUAAUUGAAAGAGACGACGAACGUUUGGACAAGCAAGAGAGACGGAAACACAAGAAACAUAAGAGACAGAAAAAGGAUAGAAGUAUGGAAAACGGUACCGUGGAAGAGAAAUUAAUUUCCAACGCGGUACAUAAAGGAAUUGGUAUGAAUGGAAAGACAAAAACUGUAUUAGAAGUCGUUUCUACGGAUGAAAGCGAAGAUGAAAAGUUGGUCGAUCUUGAUUCCGACGAAGUGGAUUGUACAAUCAUAGAGGAUGAUAUUGAUCUUGAGGAAUUAAUGAAACAAAAGGAACGAUUGCAAGCGUGUUUAGUACAAUAUCUUUCGGAUGAAUCCGAAAAGGGGGAAAAUAAGGAGUUGCAAGGAGGAGAGGUAGAGGAGCAGGAAGAGGAGGAGGAGGAGGAGGAAGAAGAGGAGGAACAGGAGGGAGAAGAAAGAAAGAUGACAGUAGAGACACCAGACGUGAUACUCGUGGAAGAUGAUAGCGAUACCGAUGAUGUACCACCGAAGAAACGAGGUAGAAGCAAAUCAGGCAGUAGAGAACGUAAGAAAGUGGUAAAAACAGAAAGACGUGUUAUAGUUGAUAUGACUAGAGACAGAAAAAUCCGCGAACCACACAAAGAUAAGAGAAGAGAUUUUGAUAGGAAAAGAGACGAGAAAGUCCGCCCUAGAGAGGAAGGAAAAAGGGACGAGACUCGAAGAGACGACAGAUGUUCACGAAAAACUAACGAGAGACAGAAAGAAGAUACGAGAAAGGACGAAUCCAAUAGAAAAGCAGACGAUGAUCAGCAGAGACGUAAGGAUUUGUCAAGAAGGGACGAGACGCGGAAAAGAGAAUCAGAUAGACGAGAAGAAAAUCGAAAACGAGAGCCACUCACCCGUCAUAGUCCGAAAACUCGUAACAAUGAGACAAAAAGUUCAGAUAGUAAGAGUCGCGACAGGCUGGGAAGUCGCGAACGUCAAGACAGUCGAGAUCGCCACAUCAGUCACGAUCGACGCAGUCGCGAUAGAUUAUCUAGCAGAGAGCCUCGCCGUCACGGUAGUCGCGACAAAAGGGAUAGUAGAAGCAAAGAUCGACAUGGAAAUAGAGAUCGACACGAUGGUAGCCGCGAUCGACGAGACAUUCGGUAUCACGACCAUCGAAUCGAAGACCGAUCUCGCAGUACCGUGAGAAGAUCGCGUAGUCCUACUCGGGCUAGAGCGGAAAGGGAGCGAAACGACCGGUAUAAAAGAUCCAGGUCUCCUUCUCGAAAUCGCAGAGAUCGGGACAAGCAACACGUCAGGGAUCAUAUGAGAGAUCGCGAGAAAGAUCGAGAAAGAAACAGCAAACGAGAACGCGGCGACAAGUAUAAGGAUUCUUUAUCGGAAGGUCUUAAGAUGGAACGUUCGGAUAGCUCGAGCGAGGAGGACAUCAAGGAUAUCGAUAUCGAGGAAGAAGAAGAUGAGGAAGCUAUUAUAGAACGUCGAAGGAAACAACGGGAAGAAUUGCUCAAAAGACUAAGUGGACCAAAUGAAGAUUCAAACAUGUCUGCCGACAUCAAUGUCGCUGGUUCUCCAGAGAGCCAAUCUAAUAUAUCACAAAAGUCUGUAGAGAUACCAUCCAAUAACAAUGAAUCUAUUUUGGAGAGCCACACCCCGCCACUGCCCACGGAGAAAUUAGAGUCUCCACCUCCAGCCAAAAAAAGAAAGUCCAGAUUCGAGGAUACGUCAUUAGAUGAGUCUGACAAAACUGGGAAUGUCAAGACGUCUGAAAGGUUUAAACAGGAAGAAAAGCAAACUUUGAAGAAAUCCAACGAGUGGGACAUGUUUGCAGAAGUAGAUAAUAUCGGAGAUUUUAAUAGCCCUACGCUUGAAGGAGGAAAACGUCAAGGAGGACCUGACAAUCCUAGUUUAACAGAUAAUUGGGAUGACGCCGAAGGAUAUUAUCGAGUGCGCGUAGGAGAAACGCUAGAUGCGCGAUACGUAGUCUAUGGAUAUACAGGACAAGGAGUAUUUAGUAACGUAGUAAGAGCGAGAGACAGCGCUAGAGGGAAUUUGGACGUAGCUGUGAAGAUAAUAAGAAACAAUGAAAUAAUGCAUAGAACUGGUUUAAAGGAGUUAGAAAUUCUUAGAAAGCUGAACGACGCUGAUCCGGAGGAUAGAUUUCACUGCUUGCGUCUGUUCAGACAUUUCUUUCAUAAAAAUCAUUUGUGUAUGGUUUUCGAACCUUUAGCCAUGAAUUUAAGAGAGGUUUUAAAGAAGUAUGGCAAAGACGUUGGCUUACACGUUAAAGCGGUAAGGUCGUAUACGCAGCAACUUUUUCUAGCACUAAAGUUAUUAAAACGUGCGAAUAUUCUGCAUGCUGACAUCAAACCGGAUAAUAUUCUAGUCAGUGAAAGUAAACUAGUGCUGAAACUCUGUGAUUUUGGUUCUGCAUCGCACGCCCAUGAAAAUGAAAUAACACCAUAUUUAGUUUCGAGAUUUUAUCGUGCGCCCGAAAUUAUUCUUGGUAUACCAUAUGAUUUUGGUAUUGAUAUGUGGUCCGUGGGAUGUACCAUAUACGAACUAUAUACGGGAAAAAUAAUGUUCUCGGGGAAAACAAACAACCAAAUGUUAAAAUACUUCAUGGAUCUAAAGGGCAAAAUGCCAAACAAACUAAUUAGAAAAGGAUCGUUCAAGGAUCAGCAUUUCGACACUAACUGCAAUUUUCUGUAUCAUGAGGUUGAUAAAGUUACGGAACGGGAAAAAGUCGUCGUAAUGUCCACAUUACCAGCAACACGCGAUCUCAGCGCAGAACUCGGUGGAAAUUCUUUACCACCGGAACAAAAUCGCAAAGUCGGACAACUCAAGGAUUUGUUGGAACGAACGUUGAUGUUGGAUGCAGGAAAGAGAAUCACUGUCAAUCACGCUCUGGCGCAUCCCUUUAUACAAGAAAAGAUAUAGCAGGAAGAGGCGGUGCAAAAAAUUAUCCAAGUUGCUUGUGUGCAACAAAAAUUUUGCAUCAAAAGAAAAAUAUAGUUGUAACGUUGCACAAAAUCGGUCCUCCAUGAGCAACCGAUACUAUACGAAUCGAAAUAAACAUUAUUUCAUUGCAUGUGACAGAGUAUAAUAUUUUUAUACUCGAUAUAAUAAUUGUGAAUACACUGAGUAAAUUUCAUCAUAUAAAUAUAUAUGUAUAUAUAUAUAAGAAAAAAAUAUAUAUACACACACAUAUUGCAUACAGGGUAUCUGACACAAGAGGACUCCUACGAAAAAUGGUGGUAGCUUGGGUCAGAUUAAGAAGAAAAAUUGUGUACCAUUUUACAAAAUUCGCAAUAGAUAUCGAAUCAUUUAUUGACACGUCUGAGCGAAUAAGCGCGUGGAAAGCGGUAGGCGAGCGGUGAGCGACACGGGACGUGUAAACGCAUUGCUUGCUGUUUUUUUCCGGUGCGCAUCGCUCCACCACUCGCUCAUCUCGUUGCUAAGAGAUCUGGUACACAAAGCUAUCUGACAUGCCUUCCGAGCCCGGCCUGACCCAAUCUACCAUUUCUCGUAGGGAUGUGUCAGAUACCCUGUAUAACAAAUUAACAUAUAUAUAUACAUAUAUACAUGUAUAUAUAUACAUACCUGUAUACGCUGUACAGCAAUACAACAUAUACACAUACAUAUAUACAUAUAUGUAUAUAUGAUGGCUUUAAUAUAGAUUAGUCCAUGUUGUAACGCGUAUGUGAAAAUAAUUGGAGAUAAAAGGGCAAUAGCCGCCUCUUUCAGCAUGAACUGAUAUCAUUUUCCUUUUCCAAUUCUCCUACUUUGGAGAACGUCCUUAUGAAUAGCAUCCUUCGUAAAAUGACUAUAGAUCGUGCGUUCAUGUGAAAUUGUACGUUACAUAUGCCUGCAAAGCGAGAAGGGUUCGUAUAUAUAUACAUAAAUAAAUAUAUAUAUAUAAACUGUAAGUCCCUUAUGGAUCACAUUGUUCGGUCCAUUUUAGAAUAUUUCAUCAGCGAGCAUACGUGCACAUACAGCAUUAGAAGCUUUAGCGGCAAAGAAACCUGUUUUAAUUGGAAGAUAAAUUGUAUAGCGAAUAGGUCAGUUAUAUUGAAAUAAAACGACACAUGCUUAAUACAAUAAGAAGAAUAAUUUGCAUUUUGUCUUUUCAAUCUUGAAUCAUGAAUUAAUAUAUUCAGUCCAAGUAUUUCUUAUAGCAUUUGUAUUUUUCUCUCUUUCUAGUUUUCUCUCUGCCUCGGUUCUGUCUUCAUUUUUAUCUUUGAAAUUUAAAGAGCGUUCUAGAUUAAAUACAUCCCACUUUAUAACAGCGAUAAUAUAAUAUAGAGAUAGAUGAAAGUGUAUACAUAUACAUACAUGCAUACCUGUACGAUGUGCACACACACACACACAUACACAUACACAUUUUAUACGCGUGGGUUUAAUGGAUUAUCAGACACAAAUGCAUAGUCUUGUAUACGUCGAUGAAAA